CCCAUCCCCAGCACUCGGGCCUCCGUGGCCUAGCAAAGCGGGCGCGUUGGUGCUGGGGCUGUCCCUGCCGUCGGAGCCAUGCAGCAGCCCUUGACUUACCCACACCCCCAAAUCUAUUGGGUGGACAGCGCCGCAAGCUCUCCCUGGGGCCCGCCGGGGGCCGUUUUCCCUUCUCCGUCUUCUGUGGCUUCAAGGACUGGCCAGAGAAGACCACUCCCGCCGCCACCGCUGCCUCCGCCACCGCCGCCUCCGCCACCGCUGCCUCCGCCACCGCUGCAGAAGAGGAGAGACAGCAACUCCGGCCUCUGGCUCCUGGUGAUGUUUUUCAUGAUCCUGGUGGCCCUGGUUGGAUUGGGGAUGGGCUUGUACCAGCUCUUCUAUCUCCAGAAGGAGCUGGCAGAACUGCGUGAGUCUGUCAGCCAAAGGCACACAGAAUCACCUUUGGAGAAGCAAAUAGGCCACCCCAGCCCACCUUCCGAGAAGAAGGAACCAAGGAAAGCUGCCCAUUUAACAGGCAAUCCCAACUCCAAAUCCACCCCCCUGGAAUGGGAAGAUACCUAUGGCGUUUCCUUGGUUUCUGGAAUGAAGUACAUGAAGGGCAGCCUUGUAAUCAAUGAUACCGGGCUGUACUUUGUCUAUUCCAAAGUAUACUUCCGGGGCCAAUCCUGUACUAAUCAGCCACUGAGCCACAAGGUCUACACAAGGAACUCUAACUACCUCCAGGAUCUGGUCCUGAUGGAGGGGAAGAUGAUGAACUACUGCACCAGUGGCCAGAUGUGGGCGCGCAGCAGCUACCUGGGGGCCGUGUUCAGCCUCACCACCGCAGACCACUUAUACGUCAAUGUGUCGGAACUCUCCCUGGUCAACUUUGAGGAAUCUAAGACAUACUUUGGCUUAUAUAAGCUCUAAGGAAAGCCCUUUAGGAGGGUCUCCAUUGUGACUCCUUGUUAUAGGUACUGGGAACAGUGUCCUGAGGGUCUUCUUGAACCUGACUGAGGUCAGGUGAGAAGAAUACGAACCACAGAGACCUUGAGACCACAAGACCCAGCAGGUCUGGGGUGCACCGUGCCGCCCG